AUGUCUACCGGAACAUACUGGCCUGUGGAAAAUGCAUCCGGCCUUUACCCCUCAGGAAGUUCAGAGAGGCCAAUCGGUACAGUCUUGUGGGAUUACCAGAACUGUAUCCCCCUCACACAGAUUCCUACCGGAGACAAGCCUGUUCUUCUCUUGACCCCUGUCGUGGUGCCCCCGGUGGGAAGCAAUCCAGCAGAUGAUAGAGAUCCCUUUGAGAUUCUCGGACAAACGAUUUCCGGCCGAAAUAUCUCGAUACGCCAUGUUCCAUAUACUAAAGCCAAAGGCAUUACCGGCGUUCAUGUGGCCUUUGUUAAAAGAGCAAGGGCUGUGGUCUUUGUAAUCACGCAUUUGGACGGCACCGACAACCUGCUUCAGUUGGAAUUUGCCGAGCUCGUUACACGGAUAUGUGAAUCACGGCCAUUCAUACUUCUUGUCUGCUGCAAUCUAGCAGGACGAAACAUUUCCAACACUCACUUCCGGACUUUGGUGCACAUUGCUGGAUACACCAAUGCCGACUUGCUAGUUGCAGCCACAUUGUUACUCGACAGUGAUCCAGGGCUACCGAUGCCCGCGGAUACCCAAGGUAGAUUAGAUGCCGAGCCUGCAUGGCUAGUACAGCCCUGGGCUGCCGAGCGAGAUUUGACGGAAACAUGCGCCCUUUGGCAUGCAUGCCUCCCGUACCAAUUCCAUCUCAACCCGUCUACUCUCGGAUCCCUCUUGAAGAGAGACGGAUAUGCGCUGCACUAUGUCGUGCGAGAACCGACGCGAGGGGCGUUGAUCGGCUUUUGCGCAGCUUACGCAACCUUUGCAGACAGUUCUGAUGUUGCUCUAAUAGGCUCCAUUGCCGCUGUCCUUGUCCAUCCUGAAUACAGAAGGCAGGGAGUUGGUUCUUCGCUCUACGAUGCGGUAAUGAGUAAGUUUGGCAGAGUCAGAGGCGUGCAGAAACUACACCUAGGGUCGACGUUUCCUCGACUGCUCUGUGGCUUUACCGCUGAGAUGGCCGAUGCGAGCCAGUGGUUUGCAAGAAAAGGUUGGCCUGUCAACAUGCAAGGGCCCGCGGGCCAGGGUGGCCUUGUCACAGACUGGAUUCUUCAUUUCACAGAUUUGACAGGCGUUAUGAUUCCUUAUUCUAGCUUAGGAUACAGGCAGUGCUACGAAUCAGAUGCGCAACAGGUGCUAGAUAUUGAACAUCGGCCACCUGCAACAACUAGUCACGGCUUUGGUUGGUAUGAUCAGUACGCGCGGACAAUACAGAGCGAACAUAUAGGCGAUAUUGUCGUCGGUUUUGACAAUGAUACAAUAGUAGCUACGGCCAUCACUUACAUCCCUGGCCAACAAAGUCCGGCGGCAACUGAUAUCCCAUGGCCGGGCGCAUUGAAUGACAGUGUUGGAGGAGUUACGUGCAUUUGUAUCAGAGGUAAGUUCACUCGCUCUGCGUUUUCUCUUUCAUUGUAA